UGUGAUCUAUUUUAAGCGUUUAGACCAUUUUAGACAAUUUUCCAUUCAGAAAGUGUCUAAAAGCUGCAUGAGUUGAAGCCCCAGGUCUGUUGAAUUAGAUCCAACCAAUCAGAAAUGAAUAGCCAAUCACGGUCCAGGUCUCUAAAAUUGCACAACAGCUCUCAGUCUGGGAGGUUGAUGGUGAAACAGUGUAAAACUGAGUGACCUGUAUGAACCAUCACCACGCGGCCCAAAGCUCUAAACCUGAUCCAUCAAAUUUACAUAACCUGCAACCUGCUCACCCCACCAGCAUGAAUCCUGCUCAGGGGUCAUCACUGAUCCAGCAUGAAUCCUGCUCAGGAGUCAUCACUGAUCCAGCAUGAAUCCUGCUCAGGGGUCAUCACUGAUCCAGCAUGAAUCCUGCUCAGGGGUCAUCACUGAUCCAGCAUGAAUCCUGCUCAGGGGUCAUCACUGAUCCAGCAUGAAUCCUGCUUAGGGGUCAUCACUGAUCCAGCAUGAAUCCUGCUCAGGGGUCAUCACUGAUCCAGCAUGAAUCCUGCUCAGGGGUCAUCACUGAUCCAGCAUGAAUCCUGCUCAGGGGUCAUCACUGAUCCAGCAUGAAUCCUGAUCAGGAGUCAUCACUGAUCCAGCAUGAAUCCUGCUCAGGGGUCAUCACUGAUCCAGCAUGAAUCCAGCUCAGGGGGCAUCACUGAUCCAGCAUGAAUCCUGCUCAGGGGUCAUCACUGAUCCAGCAUGAAUCCUGCUCAGGGGUCAUCACUGAUCCAGCAUGAAUCCUGCUCAGGGGUCAUCACUGAUCCAGCAUGAAUCCUGCUCAGGGGUCAUCACUGAUCCAGCAUGAAUCCUGAUCAGGGGUCAUCACUGAUCCAGCAUGAAUCCUGAUCAGGAGUCAUCACUGAUCCAGCAUGAAUCCUGCUCAGGGGUCAUCACUGAUCCAGCAUGAAUCCUGCUCAGGGGUCAUCACUGAUCCAGCAUGAAUCAUCAGAUCUGUCCUUAAAUCUAAAGACAUGAUUAUUUUCAUAUAGCAGUAAAGAAUAGAAAAACAUACUGCUUUACAUACCGUGUCCUCAUACUGCUUUAUUUACAGGAAUUCUACUGACACCCUGUGGUCAAAAAUAAAAUUAUAUGAAGCAUUAUCUUGGCAUAAUUAAAUUAUCUUAAGCCUUAUUUUUCAUUAUUAUAUAAAAAGGUUGUGAGAUUGUUCAUCUCUUUUUUUAUUUAAGUAAUUGUACAGCAUGUUGUUAUCUUUGUUGAACGAUCAUUUUACAUGUUUUAAGCAGUAUUUUAAGCGUUUUAACAUGGUUAAAUGCUGUAAUAUUCUUAAUACAAAAGCUUUAAAGUGAGAAAACUUUAAUAUAUUGCCUGCAUUUAAGACAUUCUGGAAAUUAAACAGCCAAUAAAACACUAAAGUGAAAUUCUGGCCUAAUACAUGGGUCUAAUUUGUGAUUUCUUUAUAUAGUUGUUGUCUGUGAGUGUUCUCUCACUAUAACCAACACUAGACACUUUCAAAUCCAGACUGAAAACCUUCCUUUUUGAGCAGGACUUGAGCAGCUCAGUUUAAAAACACUGCAGCUCCUCCCACUUUUAUUCUGUAACAGCACUUUUAUUCUAACUCAUUCUGUUAAUUUUUUCCUCUUUUAAAUAUAUUGUUUUAAUCAUGUUUGAAUCAUGUUUUAUUAUAAUCAUGCUUUAUUCAUAUGUACAUGUUAUUUUGUUACAUGUUUUCUUUUGUUGUUUUUUGGAUACAAUCCGGGUUAGCACCCGAACAUCCCUUUCAGACAGCUUCCUCUUACAGCAUCCACAGUUAAUCCUGUUGGAUGUGGUUGGUUCUUCUUGGUGGUAUGCUGACGUUACCCUGGAUACCGUGGCUCUUGAUGCAUCACAAAGACUUGCUGUCUUGGUCAAAGAUGCUCCAGCAAGACGUGCACCAACAAUUUGUCCUCUUUUGAACUCUGGUAUGUCACUCAUAAUGUUCAGAAUAAGGUACAUAAGGUAUCUACUAAAUGACACAUCCAGCAUCCACUUGUCACGACAGAAUCUGAAGGUGGCACACUGACUCAUCUUCAGCUUAAUCACUCAACGCUGGCUCGGUUUAGCGCGCGACGAUGUGGCUUCGCCGUGUGGAACAUCUUCGGCAUCCUCAUCAGCGGUUCGCUGGUGAGCAGGAAGUGGUGUGACAGUGAUGCCCCUGCACAUGUGUGAUGAGGAACCCGUCUUCGGUUACGCUCCUCCGUCGCCUCUUUAUUUUUGGAGGCUUAACGACUCCGCUGCCAGCCGCUGGAAUGUGCCGGGCUGCCAUAAGGCUUCCCUCCUCUACACUCGCCUUCCCAUUCUCAGCGCCCCGGGAAGGGGAGCGUUCAGUGACAGGUCUCCUCUCCUUCUUUCUUUCCUCUUUCUCUUCUUUUUCUUUUCUCUUCUUCCACAAUAUGGACGACAGCCCCCUGCAGGUUCUGACCGUCCCCACCACCCCGUACCCCGACCAGAGGCCCGGCACCAGCGGCCUGAGGAAGAAGGUGUUGGUUUUCCAGACUAAACAGAACUACCUGCAGAACUUCAUACAGAGUAUCUUCUCCUCCAUCGACCUGCGGGAUCGACAGGGAUCCACCAUGGUGGUGGGAGGAGAUGGGCGUUACUUCAACACCACCGCCAUCCAGGUCAUCGUUCAGAUGGCUGCAGCCAAUGGGGUAGGUCAUCUAGUGAUUGGUCAGAAUGGCAUCAUGUCGACUCCAGCCGUGUCCAGUGUGAUCCGGAAGUUUAAAGCCAUCGGUGGAAUUAUGCUCACCGCCAGUCACAACCCCGGAGGACCAGACGGAGACUUCGGCAUCAAGUUCAACAUCGCCAACGGAGGACCUGCUCCAGAGGCGGUCACAGAGAAGAUCUUCAGGAUAAGCAGGAGCAUCGAAGAGUUCACCAUCUGCCCUGAACUCAGGGUGGAUCUCACCACUAUCGGGAAGCAGAGCUUCGACCUGGAGAACAAAUUCAAACCAUUUACAGUCGAGAUCAUGGAUUCAGUGGAAUCUUAUGCGAACAUGCUGAGGAACAUCUUUGACUUCGCCCUGCUGAAGGAGCUUCUGUCCGGAGAGAACCACAUACGUAUACGCUUAGACGCCAUGCACGGAGUGACCGGUCCGUAUGUGAAAAGGAUCCUGUGUGAGGAGCUGGGCUCCCCUGCAAACUCCGCCAUUAACUGCAUCCCUCAGGAGGACUUCGGUGGUCAGCAUCCAGAUCCCAACCUGACCUACGCCGUGGAUCUGGUGGAGAGCAUGAAGAGUGGCCAGUAUGACUUUGGAGCUGCUUUCGAUGGAGACGGUGACCGGAAUAUGAUCCUGGGAAAACACGGCUUCUUCAUUAGCCCCUCAGAUUCGGUUGCUGUCAUCGCAGCAAACAUCUUCUGCAUCCCUUACUUCCAGCACAUGGGGGUGAGAGGCUUCGCCAGGAGUAUGCCCACCAGUGGAGCCCUGGACAAUGUGGCAAAAGCAACAAAGAUUCAACUGUACGAGACGCCGACUGGAUGGAAGUUUUUUGGGAACCUGAUGGACGCUGGUCGUCUUUCGCUGUGUGGAGAGGAGAGCUUCGGCACAGGUUCGGAUCACAUCCGUGAAAAGGACGGUCUGUGGGCUGUGCUUGCAUGGCUUUCUAUUCUCGCCACCAGAAAGCAGAGUGUUGAGGAGGUCAUGGUAGAACACUGGAGAACCUACGGCAGGAACUACUACACCAGGUAUGACUAUGAGGAGGUGGACAUUGAUGCAGCGGUGGAGAUGAUGCUGGAGCUGGAGGUGAUGAUUACAGAUAAAGCGUUUAUUGGUCAGACGUUUAACGCAGGAGAAAAAACCUACGAGGUGGAGAAAGCAGACAACUUCGAGUACAGUGACCCAGUGGAUGGAAGUAUCUCAAGAAACCAGGGUCUGAGGAUCAUGUUUAAAGAUGGAUCUCGGAUCGUUUUCCGUCUCAGUGGAACAGGAAGCUCCGGGGCCACCGUGCGGCUCUACAUCGACAGCUAUGAGAAAGACCUAAACCAGAUCUUCCAGGACCCUCAGGUCAAGCUGGCCGAGCUUGUGAGCAUCGCCCUGAAGCUCUCUCAGCUGCAGGAGAGAACAGGGAGGAGCAGCCCUUCUGUCAUUACAUGAUAUUACCUGACUGUUUUUGUGCCCAACCUUUGUAAUAAAAUAGAUUUUAGAAGAACUGUGUGACACUUGAUCAUUUGCCAUUCUUUCUUUGACAUCCCACCCUGCAACAACUCAUUUCAGAGAGGAAAAACAGCCAAAAAAUGAGGGCUUUCUCUGAUUUUACUAAAUUAAAAACCUCUGGAAUAUAAUCAAGAGGAAGAUGGAUGAUCACAAACCAUCAAACCACCAAACUGAACUGCUUGAAUUAUUUUUGCACCAGGAGUAAAGCAGCAUAAAGUUAUCCAAAAGCAGUGUGUAAGACUGGUGGAGGAGAACAUGAUGCCAAGAUGCAUGAAAACAAACUGUGAUUAAAAACCAACCAGGGUUAUUCCACCAAAUAUUGAUUAUUUCUGAACUCUUAAAACUUUAUAAAUAUGAACUUGUUUCCUUUGCAUUAUUUGAGGUUUGAAAGCUUUUUUGCAUCUUUUCUGUUAUUUCAGAAAUUUCUCAUUUUCUGCAAAUGAAUGCUCUAAAUGACAACGAAUGACAAAUGUCCUAGGUUUAAAAAAUCAGACUAGUUUAGCUGGAUUCACUGAAAAACAGGUAAAAAUGCCUAAAAAGUCUUUAGCUUACUGUUUGAACUGUUUGGAAAUAGUGGACGUUUAUGUGAAUGUUUACCUGAAACAAAUCUCAGGUAUCUGUAGGAAUUAGUGUGCACUACAUCCUCCCUACACAGGCUGCAGGUAAGUCGUUUGAGACGUGUCUGUUUCCUACUGUUGCCUGGUAACGGCUGUGAACUGAGACGCCAUGCUGGCUGACGUUCCAGUAUGCAGGACACUGAUGCCCUUGAGACUGUGAUUGAAGCUGUAGACGAAGAAGAUGAAGAUGAUGAUGAACUGGAGUCAGAGAGCAGGGGAAGAGCUGUGUACAGGAUUGCAUUUGAGGAGUAUCUCAGCGCCUGGCUCAAGAUAGCCUCCACAAAAGCCCUGAACGAGCGAAUCACAGUUCCUGAGAGGGUUCUUGUCCAUUAUGGCUUCCCAAGCAGUGAGCCAGACGACCUUAUUCAAGAAAAAUGUCAAAGUUUUAAAUGCAUUAAAUCUGGUCCUGAAAACAAGCGACUGAAGACACAGAGUGAGAGGAAACAGGAUCGAGUGAAGCAGAUGAGAAAGAUCUACCAGCUGUGCAGAACUCCAGUUCCUGCAGAGAAGGACUCAGUCAGGGACCCAGAGAUGAAAGAAUGCUGGGAGAGUGAAGUGGAUAAACUGGUGGAAUGGACACACUCGCUGUCUUUAGAAGAGCUGGACAGACAGUGAUGCUGACACCUGGUCAUUUUGUGUCAGCAUUUUUCUUAAAGUAUCAGGAUUUCUGGAUAAAGCUAAAGCACAUCAAAAUGCAAAUAUAAACAUCCAAUACUUAUACUUUUCUUGAUUUCAUCAAAUGGAAUAUAAUCAAGAGGAAGAUGGAUGAUCACAAGCCAUCAAACCACCAAACUGAACUGCUUGAAUUUUUACACCAGGAGUAAAGCAGCAUAAAGUUAUCCAAAAGCAGUGUGUAAGACUGGUGGAGGAGAACAUGAUGCCAAGAUGCAUGAAAUAAAAACAACUGUGAUUAAAAACCAACACUCUUAACACUUUAUGAAUAUGAACUUGUUUUCUUGUUUUGCAUUAUUUGAGGUCUAAAAGCUUUUUAUCUUUUUUUUUUUAUUUCAGCCAUUUCUCAUUUUCUGGAAAAAAAUGUUUUUUUUUUUUUUCACUGUGUUUGUGUUUCAUUGUGAACUGGAGAUGUUUUUGCAAAGAAGAAUGGUCCAAAAUACCCUCAACCAGAAGCCAGACUCUCAUUGGAAGCUAUAGGAAGCAUUUACAACAAUUAAGUUUGGCCGUGAGGCGGAUAUUUUCCGAGCCAUUAUGUGGCGGCCACAAAAAAAAUUCUGUUUUGGAGAAUGAAGUGUAAUUGGAUGGAGAGCUACAGACUAGACACUCUCCAGCCCAGAGGGUUGUUGAACCCAAUUACAGAACAGUUAAUCUCAAAGCAAGUAAACCCAAAAAGAAAGGAAAAAAAAAAUAAACACAAAACGGACGAAAAAACGAGAACGGGCGGAAACUAAAGUCACGCCGAGCGCGACAAAGACAGACAGGGGAGGACUGUAAACAAAAGCUCACCAGAGAAGCAUUUUAUUUUUUUAUUUUUUUAUUAUUUAUUAUUAUAUUUCAAACAACCUUUCACCAUAUUUUCUGUGCAGAUAAUAAAUGUAUGAAUAUAUUUUUAUUUUAUUUAAAAUAUAUUAUCAAGGCUGGCUAUAUAAAACAAUAAAGAAAAUAUAUCUAUGAGUAUAAA